AUGAACACCUCGGACAAUUUAAAUCCCUUAUCUAUACCAUCCUUACGAGAUAUCCAUACAGAUAACAACACACGUAGAGGGAAAAUCAAAUCAUCCCGAUUGACCAUACUCAUCUCAAGCUGUAUAUGUCUGUCAUUGAUUGGACACUCUUUUAGCUCAUGCUUGUUUUGGCUGCCACUUGUAUUCGUUCCGUUCAUCGGCAUAAUAGCUUUACCAGCUUUCGUUUUGUCCCUUAUCGUGCUUAUAUAUGCCAUACCAUCCUUAACUUACCUUCUAUGGGCACAGGAGAAUACUCCGAAUCACGUCAACGGGGUGUUCGUGCCAUUGAAUCCAGUACGGAAUUUAUCGAUAACUCUUCAAGUCCUCAGAUGUAUCUCUACUGUGAUAGAUAUCUUACCGAGAUAUCUAUGGGCCAUUGGAAGAUGGAUAAUCUGGGAGAACCUCAAGAGACAGGUAGACUACCAAGACGAAGAACCGGAGGCUUUUAGAGCCUCACGGACAGCGAGACCACAACGAGGGGGAUUGGCAGAAGAUGAUUUCUCAGUGGAGCAUCCUGCUUCAUCCACUCACGUGAAGAACAGAGGCAAAGAAGGCAUCUUCCGUGAAUUCGCAGAGUUCAACAUACCAUACAACAAAAGGAAGGACGGGACGACGGGUUAUCUGGACAUCUAUUUCCCCAAAAAAGACCUUCACAGAACAUGCCAGGAUGGAAGAUCAGCGCCCGGCUUGAUAUUGCUCUCUGAGGAACGUUCCUCUCCUGCGUCUGCCACACACAGCCCUCAACGAGCCCCAGAUAUUGACUCCCCUGCACAUCACUCCUCUUACUCUAUCUCCGACUUUCCUUCCUCAGGUAUCCUCGCCGAAGCUUCACAGCGACUCACACCCGAUCCAUCUUCAUCUACUCCUUUCCACAACAAGCACUAUAUCUCUCGAACGUCAACACCUUCAAGUCCGGUUGGAACGACUGCAACAGCUUCUCCAGCUUCGACAUCAAGUCUUCACUCAGCUUCGACCGUGUCGUCCGACCCAGGAGGUCAAAAGUCGUGGUCUUCAUAUAUGAUGUAG